AUGCACUGGUUUCUCUUUGGAUUUUGUGCACUGACCAUUAUCAACGUGUCAGUUGCUGCGGGCCGCGAGCUCUCCGUCAUCCAGAAGCCACGAUUCUACGGCGUCCGGCCCAGCCGCUUUGUCACAAUCUACUGCGGGUCCUCCCACCAGCACCUGCCGGCAAAUGUGCGCUGGUUCAAGGCCACCCACUAUGACCAAGACACCACUGAGAGGCGCCUGUUGGAAGAUGUCAUGACUCUUGACAAGGACCUCACACUCAAUGCCUUCCUCAUCCUGCACGAUUUAACCCUGGAGGACAGUGGCGUCUACUUCUGCCGCAUCAAUGAGACGUGGGGAGCCGGCACUCAGCUCCAAGUCGCCAGGACUGUCAACAGAGCACAGGCUGCGCGUCGGAGCAACAUGAAGGAUGCCUUCAUAGUCCUGGAGGGCCUGAUGCUGGCCGCUAUCGUGGCACUUCUGCUUCAACGCAAUCGCAAAAUGUUACAAAGACGAGAGCGCAUCUAUGAGGAGCCCGAAAUCGAACACAUCUAUGAGGGCCUUAAUAUCGAAGGAUAUGGAGGGGGGGACUUGUACGAGGAGUUGGCGGUGUACGCCGAGGCUGGCAAUGAUGCCGAGGCACCGUGGGAGUGA